AUGUGGCCAUGGACGUGCAUUCCGUAUACCUUGCUUGCCCUCCUCCCGCUCGUUGCGCCAGCACAGCUGCCCCUCCAGCCCGCGCAGCCUCCACACACGCAGUCGACCACCCUCUUAGACGCGCUCUCCGCUGAUCCCGACUACGUCUCGCUCAUUAAGCUGCUCCAGCGCGCCAAGCUCGUCCCUACUUUAAACAGACUGAACGGCAGCACUCUCUUCGCACCGACGAACGACGCUAUCGCUAAGGAUGCUUUCUGGAACGCUGCGCUGCAGGACGACGGCCUGCGUGACAAUAUACAGGAGCAGCUCAGGCAGCAACUCUUUUACCAUUUGCUUAAUUACACGUUACCUACGCUACCAACCGAUCAGACGCCUCAGGUGCACGAGACGUUGCUCUACCCUCGCACACCCACGGAGCCUCCUACGCAUGAGCCACCUCCGGGUCCACCAUGGAUGCCCCUGCCAGGCGGUACGCUUGGCGGAGAGCCCCAGCCGCUGCGGACAUCACUCAGAGAAGAGAGUGUAUGGGUAGGGGUAGAUUUCUUUGGUAAGCAGGGCGUGGAGGUCGUCAAGGAUAAAGUAGACACCGCGAACGGCGUACUGUUGGGAAUUGGCGGUAUGCUUGAGAUGCCUCCGGAUUUGGCGACUGUUGUAUCCCAACAUCCCUCCCUUUCGUACUUUGCCAACGUGCUUACGCCCGAAAUCCGUUCAUUCCUGAACAGCACAUCAGCACUAACGCUCUUCCUACCGGAGAAUGCCGCAUGGGAGGCUUUGCCGCAUUAUGAACAGUUAUACCUACAGAGCAAGUACGCGACAGACGAUCUGACACGAAUCAUGCACAUGCAUGCCGUCGCACAGAAACAUGUCAAGUAUUUCUCUUCCUUCACGCCAUCCUUGAACUUGACGACACUCGAUGGGUCCGAGUUGCAUAUUGAUGCGUCGGACGAGUCCAAGGUCAUGGUGUCAUCCGCGGCCUUGACCGAGGCGGACAUCUAUGCAUCGAAUGGGGUGAUUCAUACCGUGUCAUCGCUCUUGGUGCCCCCAGGCGCGCUCCAACUCACGCCAGAGAAGUAUCUGCUCACUCUGAACUGCACAUCAUUCGUGUCCCUUCUGCACUCGGUCGACCUUGAGACCCUCGUGAACGACACGCACGCGGAAUACACGAUCCUCGCGCCGCGGGAUGAUGUGAUCAGCCUAUUUGGAGAUGAUGGGGAGAUGCCGAAGCCAGGAACGGAGGAACUGAAGCGCACGCUGAGGUACCACUUUAUCCCGGGGAAGUGGCCACCGGAGAAAUUGGCAGACGGGAUGCUGUUGGAGACGGCGCUACAAGAGCGGGGACUGGCUGGUGGGAGGCAGGUAAUGGCGAUUGAAGUGAGUGAUGAAGGAGGGAAGAAGGACAAGAGCCGGACGGUGCGCUUUGGAGGAGCGGGCACUAUCGGAGAUCACGUGGAGGUUAACAAUACAUUGAUCUACUUCAUCUCGCGGCCGCUUGCUCCUCCCGCAGAUCCGCUGGAGACAGCGCUGCCGUCGCUCGAGCUCUCAUCUUUCCUCGCUGCCGUGUUUUCCACGAACCUCGCACCCAUACUGAAGAAAGCACCGCGCACCACGCUCCUCAUGCCACGCAACAGUGCUUUCAAACGCUUGGGGAUGCUCGUAUCAUCUCAUCUGCUUGCAGCUUCGUCAAAGCGUGACCUGGAGAGGGUCAUCGAGCACCAUGCGCUUGUCGACGUCGAGUACACCACGGACCUAGUAAACGGGAGUCAGCGCACGUUCGGCACGCUGGAGGGCUCGGACAUAAACCUGGACCGCCGGCCGAACGGGACCGUCGUCAUCAACGCGAGCGGCGGGUGGGCAGGCAUGCAGGCUGCGCUGCAACCCCGCGACAUGCUCACGCGGACGGGUGUGAUCCACGAAGUGUCGGACAUCAUGAUCCCGCGCAGCGUGCAGCUCACGAUCGGCAAGCUCGUCAAGGCAGCGAAGGGAACGACGAUGGCGACCAUGAUGACCAAGGCCGGAAUGGAUUGGAUAUUGAAUGGUACUGCUCCGCCGGACGGGUCGAUAUGGGCUGAGAAGGGGUUGAGCGGGUCUGGAUGGACGUUAUUGUGCCCGACAGACGAUGCUUUCAAGCAAGUGAACUUAACGACACUUUAUGCUGAUGGCGAUCGCCUACGUGCCAUUGUCAGCCAGCACCUGAUCCGCUCCCCGUCGUCUGCCCGAGAGCCGAUUACGGACAUGGAAGACGUGCUGAACAAUAACCGGCCGAUAGCGAUGGACGACAGCACAUCGUACGCGACCCUGCAUACCUCGGAGUCGACAUACUACGGUGACGUCGUCUUCCGCGCUCUCGAGGGCGAUUCGGAGGGCACGGUCGUCGGUGUACGGGGCGCGCGAGGGCAGAAUGGGGCAAAUGACUGGGCGCGCGUGCUCUCGUGGGGCCGCUCGACGACAGGCGGGGGCACAGGCGGCGUGGUGCAAAUCGACCGGCUGCUGGUGCCAUACUACCCGCCGUGGUACGUUGAGUAUGGGGCGCCGCUGGCGGUCGGCGUACUUGAGGCGCAUCUCGCGACGGCUUCCCCUACGUCCACGACGGAGUCGAUCAAGUCGUUCCUUGCGGGAGGCUUUGGAGGUAUCGCUGCGGUGCUUGUCGGUCAUCCGUUCGACCUCACCAAGACGCGGUUGCAGACGGCCGCCCCUGGGACUUACACCGGUGCAGUUGAUGUGGUGAGGAAGACCGUGGCGCGCGAUGGGCCCACUGGACUAUACCGCGGUGUCGUCCCCCCUUUACUCGGAGUGACACCCAUCUUCGCAGUCUCCUUCUGGGCAUACGACAUGUCAAAAGCACUCAUCCUCUCCGUGACGCCCAACCGUGCCAGUAAAGAACUCUCUAUAGCCGAGCUUGCCACCGCUGGGUUCCUCUCUGCGAUACCCACGACACUCGUCACUGCUCCAGUGGAGCGUGCCAAGGUUCUCUUGCAGGUACAAGGGCAAGGCCAAGGCGGCCAACAAUACAGCGGCGUGUUUGACGUGGUGAAACACCUGUACAAGGAAGGAGGUGUCCGGAGUGUGUUCCGCGGGUCAGCGGCGACUGUCGCGCGCGAUGGACCUGGAAGUGCCGCAUAUUUCGCGGCAUAUGAGCUCACGAAAAAGGCUCUCACUCCUGCCGGCCAUUCUCCCUCUGAGCUGCACCUAGGCUCGAUCAUCGUGGCGGGCGGCAUGGCCGGCAUCGCGAUGUGGUCUAUCGCCAUCCCUCCUGAUGUGUUGAAGUCGAGGAUUCAGUCAGCGCCGACGGGAACCUAUUCAGGCUUCAUGGACUGCGCUCGCAAGACGAUUGCGGUGGACGGUGUUGGCGCUCUCUGGAAGGGUCUGGGGCCCGCGAUGGCGAGAGCGUUCCCCGCAAACGCUGCAACCUUCCUGGGCGUCGAAGCGUCAAAAAAGCUGAUGGACAAGUACUUCUAA